AUGGUACAGUUCACAGGAUUCAGCGGAGCAUCGUUAGAUCCUAUCGAAGGAGUCGAAUAUGUGGAGGUAAAGGUACCACCCAUCAAGUGGCGCAACGACGUCACCAAAAGAUUCCUCACUCUGAGAGAGAGGAGUGACGACCUGGAGAAACAAAGAGUUCGAAGUAUCAGUGCCAAGCGUAGACAGACCCUCAGGGGAAAAGAGAAAAAGAAGGCCGCAGAAGCUCAAACUCAAGCGGAAACCGCUCAAUCUGGGAUGGGUGAUGAUGAGAUGGCAUCCUCCUCUCGGCAACUUCCUGACUACCCAGGUGCUGAGCUGGAUGAGACUUAUGUGCAGCAGAGUUUGGGGAGCUGUGGGACGCAGACUACCAGGGGACUCUCGGGAAAGUCACCCUUGAUGACAUUUCUUACAUUGACGAGAAGGGGUUAUGCUACCGCGCCAUCGGAGAUCCCGCGAGUGCCCACCAACAUCACUGUGAGAGAGCCAUUCUGA